AUGCUUCAGAACCUGAAGUUCACUGAAUGGUGGGGGAGGCAAGAGACAGUAGUUGGGCCAAAGAACGGGCACUGUCAGGGGUGCAUACGUACUACUGAUGGGGUCUGGCAACAUCCUGUACGCAGAAACAAGUUUCGAUAUCUGAUAGAGCAUCCGAUUUGCCUCACAGGAGCUGGAAGGGAUGUCUCUUUUCUGUAUGACCUCGCUGCUGAGAAAGAGGCAAAGAAUCCUCCCCCAACUCCUGUCUCUCACAAAACCUCAACAAAUCUGCAGCAGCAGGAACCCACUGCAGCUAAACUUCCAACAGGUAUAGCAGACAGUCUUGUUCCAGAGGAAUUUCAUAUUCUAAAGAACAGAGGUGUCCUGCGCUUGGAGUAUUAUGAUGAUAAAUAUACAACCCUACUUGAAGACGAUGAAAACAGACUGCGGGUUUUCCCAUCCAUGAAGCCGUCUGGGAGGCUGGAGGUCCUGCAGCUGAUGAAGGUGAUGGACACCAUGCUGGAAAGGGCUGGAACAAAUAAGGAUGUUGGCGUAACAGGGGUUUCACAGGUAAAUAAUUCCUGCCAAGAAAUAAUAUACUGGAGUACAACAUGGAAUCUCUACAGAGAAAUGAUGGCACAGAGAGUAAUGGACAAACACAUUACAGAUGAAUUAUUCCAUUUCAAGGAAGCUAUAGGAAAACUGACAAGGGAGCUUAAUACCAUCCGAGAACAUGACCGUAGAGUCACUGUUGAAGCAGAGAAAGCCUAUGAGGAGCUGGCAAAGGCGGUCCAGGAUUCCGAGAUGAAUGCAAACCUUUUGGAUGAAUAUCGCGAACUGUAUGAAUUGCAGAGAAGAAGACUUGAGGCCCAGAUCCACCAGUUAACCCAAGAAAAAGAGCUGUGGAGCAAUGCUACGUAUGAGUUGGCUCUCAAGGGAAUUGAAAAGAACAAGCUGACCUUGGCUCGCAGAAUGUAUGACAGUGAAAAGGCUUGGGUCAAAGGCAUGAGGCAUUUCAUUAUGAUGUUGGCAUCACAGGAAGAAUUGCUUAAGAGAUCUGCUAGAAUUUUAACGUCUUUGAUCAAUAGCUUGGAAGACUGGAGCUUCAAGCUGCUUGCCAACAAGCAAAAGGGUUCUAUGCAUGAAACGGAGUGGAUAAAAUUUUUCCAGACAGUUUCUGAAUGGAUAGCCCAGAUAGACGAUCUCUUGAGCUUCAUCGGUUCUGGCGACACUGUAGAGGACCAUGUACAGAGAAAAGAGAAGGAACGUGAUGAAACUGGCUUUCUCAUAUUAAAGUGGCAUUGCUGUGAUGUAACGUAUUGCUGUGGGUACAGUGACAUCAUGUAUUUCCUCAGCUGUUGCAAGGAGAUGGUAGCGACGAUAACACGCCAGAAGAUGGUAACUCUUCAACCAGAUGCAGAACAUGAAUUGCAACAGUUAGAGAGGAUCAAGACAGAGUGCUUGGAUUGGAUUGAAACCUGCAACCUCCUCCUGUCUGGGAUGAAGACCACUCCCACCACUUUAAUCAGCCCAGAAGACCUGGUCGGCCUGUUUGGGUUAGAGGUGCUUCAGCUGAAACGACAGCUGCCUCCUCGUCCGGAGCAGAGAGUGGAGAUCUCCUCCACCACAGAUGUACCUGUGGAGGAAGAGAAAAAAGACAAAGAAGCUGUGGAUGUUCUAAAAGAUCAGGAGGCAGCAGAACAGAAGCAAGCGUUAGAAGCAGAGGAACGGCCGCCCGUGCCCAGCACCAGCACUGGUGAGCAGGCCGAGAGUCUUGCCGUCACUUACCCAGUCAGAUACAUUGGAGAUGAUUCUAAUGUGUAUGUCAAAACCAUGCAAGUGCAAGAAAUCACAGUGUCACGGAGGGAGUUGCAUGCCAGCCAGUGGACCACAAAGGCCUCAAAGAAGGAAUUUGAGUUGCUGGCGUCACUGGAAAUUCUGGAAGAGCGACUCGUAGAGGCUGAAAAGCGAGCACAGCAAGCUGAGGAAAAAUCUGAAGUCCUUCAUGAGGACUUGGAAGAAGCUCUGGCAAAAAUCCAGAACAUGGAGGGUGAGCAACCAAAGCUGAAGGACUCUGAACAAAAAGAAACAAAACUCAAAGCAGAAGUUGUCGUUAAGGAACAAACUGAAUCACCUUCACAGUCCAGCACUCCUAAGCCACGAACGAAGAAAUUCCCCAAGCCCAAACGCUGAAGAAGAGGAUGACCUCCAGAAGGCCUUUGUCUCCUGCUUGUAGCUGGCACUGGACACAGAUGGAGGGUUGUGCAUUAUUGGUACUUGGAAUUCUCCCAGCUCUGUUAAACUAUUUGUUCAGUACAUGGAAAGGAGUCAAC